CAGACCUAUUAUAAGAAAAUCGGUCAUAACCAGACUUCUGCUAGUACAUACAUGACACGACUAUAGAAUUCACCUGGUAAUCGGUGUCGAAACAAAUUUAUAUUUAUUUCUCGAAUAUUAAUAGUUAUCAAAAUGUUACACGUAAUAGUAAAACAUACACCGUUGCAGGGAUUGAUUUCUCUAAGGAUACUUAGUGUACAAAUUUUGGGCCGAUUUACUAGUCAAUCUACUAUAAAUACAAAUGUACAGGGACUCAGCGAGAAUUGUGUCAAAGUGCCAAAUACUUCUGUAGGACCAGAUGCUUCUAAGGAAAAAGAAUAUAAAAAUCCUGAAUAUUUUUGUUAUCACGUGAAUACAAUCGCAGAAGCAGAAGUAGAAUUAGCAAAGUAUAGAUUACCAACACCAUCUAAUAAAGAGCCAUUUCAUACAUAAAUAUAUCUAGAUAUAUGAAGUCACAAAUUUGUUUAGCUCGUUCAUAUGCUAAAGGUACUUGUAAACAUUACUAUCAUAUGAUGAUGUUUUUGAAUGAUGCUUUUAUAGAGCUUUCUGUUUUCGUAUAAAGUGAUAAUCUUUAAUUAAAUAUAUAAUUCUUUUACUUAUCAUCUAUACUUGUUUCUUAAAAGAGAUAGAGUGACAAAAGCAUAAAAACUUUCAGCUGAGAUGAAUAUUUAAGCAUAUUUAGUAUAUUAUUCAACAAUAUAUAUAUUUUAUUUAUGAAUGAGCAAGCAAAUUUAUCCCAGAUUUCAGUAAUAGUACUUUACCUAUUCAAAUUGUAAUAUGUUGUGCAUUAUGUUCACAUAUUUACCAUGGACUGUAAUGGUUCAUGUCUUUUAUUGUAGAAAAUACAAAAAAUAAUAGAAGA